AUGCAAGAAGAUCAAGUGAAUGCCGCUAAGUUCUUCUGUGAUGGAGGUCGAUGCGGGAAACCACUCGAGCCGUUCACUGCACGAGCUACAGGUAUGUCAGAUUAUGUGUUCUCAUACUGUAAAGCUGUUUUCAGAAUUUCUAUAGCGGUCACGGCCCUGAUAUACGAGCCACUGCGGCAAGACUUCGUCCCGGUUCGGUUCACCAUAUCAUUCCUAACAUCAAAAAGACAGCGGCCGACUUGCGUUUCAACACCGUAA